CACCGUUUAUUCUACUGUGGAUAGACGUAACUGUGAAGAUGCAGCUCUAUAAAAUUGCACUCGUUGUGGCCUUGGUGUUCACAGCCUUCUUUGGCUCUGCCUAUGGUGGCCACGGAGGGGGUGGCGGCAAAGGAGGCGGAGGAGGACAUGGAGGCGGUGGAAAAGGAGGUGGUGGCAAAGGAGGCGGUGGCAAAGGAGGCGGUGGUAAAGGAGGCGGUGGCAAAGGAGGUGGUCGAAAAGGAGGCGGUGGCAAAGGGGGUGGCGGCCACGGAGGAGGCGGCAAAGGUGGUGGGGGUCAUGGUGGCGGCGGACAUGGAGGUGGCGGCCACGGAGGUGGUCAUGGUGGCGGCGGCGGCGGCCACGGUGGUGGUGGCCACGGAGGUGGUCACGGUGGCGGCGGCCAUGGAGGAGGUGGCCAUGGAGGCGGUGGCCACCAUGGUUAAACUCAACAGGCUCUUCACAUUUCUAUCAAAUGCUGGACAUUUGAUGCCAUCGUUGCCAUAGCCUCGUUGACUACACCACACUAUACAAUGUCAACUUUGAGAAACGACUUCAAAUAAAACCAUGAAAUGAA